CUUUCUGACAAUUUUUCCCUCCGGCCCCAAACACUGACCCCGUGAUUCCCAUUCCCAAUUAAAGAUGUAGACUCUGUGGUAAAUGAACUGGCAAGAUGGGGAGACAGCUUCCUGAUGUUUUAAGGACAUACUGGUCUCUGCGCAUAAGAUAUAACGACGCCAAAUGGGCUCCAACCCAAAUGGCCUUCCUCUGAAACUAUUUGAUUUGCGCACAACCGGGAGAGUGCUAAUCCAAUCCAAUUUCCGGACACACAAAGGCUCGGUGAUUCAUUGAGAAAAAAAAAAAAAAGAAACACGAGAGACAAAACUGUGGAGCUGUGCUGCUUUACCUCCUGGCAUUUCUAAUUUCAAUAAAAACUCAGGCGGUUUUACGGCUGCGCUGAGGGCGCAUCAGACGCAUCCAUAACGGCGGAUGCUCGUGCGCUGGCUGCUCGGGGCUUUUUUCGCAAGGGAGUCGUGUUCGGAGAAAACGGCUUAUAUUGACGUCAAAUGGAUGUGUGGAUGACUUUACCGCGUGUGUUGGCAUGACAGAAGCCACCGGAGCCUGCCAGUUCUGACCAAAUAAGCACCGAAAUCAACGGAAGACAAUUAAGCUGAGAGACAGCCGCCGGGCUUUUCAAUUAGCCAGGACUGUAAGAUGUGAUUAUAUUUUAAACUUUAAUGGACACUCGGCUUCUCCAAACUCGUUUUGAAUUCACGAUUUAGCUGCGAGGGGGGAGAGAGCGACGCUGCAUCCCGCUGCUGACAGAGAGACCACUUGUACCGCCGUCACAACUGUGCCAAGAGACAGGGAGUCUUUGAAAGCCACCGGAGCGGACCCGACCGGCAUAUCAAUCAGCGUCCCGGAGAGCGACUCGCUGGGUUCGCACCGGCGAUAAAAGGCAUUGUCUUUCAAGGUGCGUGUGCGUGUGUGUGUGUGUGUGUGUGGGAGGGGGGGAACAGAGAGGGGGCAAUGGCACUUUUUCCGCGUGAAGAAGGGAGGACCGCAACAGUCAUCGGCAAACAAAUGUAAAAAAAAAAAAAAAAAAAAAAACCCAGUUCCCCUCGUCUUGCCACGGGUGCGCACCGGCGAAGAGGCGCAGGACCCGCAGGAUCAUCGAUUCCCACUUUGUGAUUUUGCGCUGCGUAUGUGAAGGGAGCGGAGAGGAAGCGGCGAACGGUGGGAUUAAGAGGCUUCUCCUAAAACGAAAGACUCGAAUUUUAUUAAACCAUGAACGCCGGGAUAUUGUUUUUGCUUGUUUGUUCUGCGGCAUUUUUCGCUGGGCUGCAGUGCGCCUCGCCAAGGACCACAGCGGGGAUGGAUCUCCCCACCGCCGGCUUCAGCAACAUCAGCAGCGGCAGCAGCAGCAGUAGUAGUAGCAGCGAUGGCAACAGCGGGGAAACCGGGGGCAAAAGAGACUUGAACCAAACCAUAAACUCUAGGAUCAAGAGGAAAACCCUUGCUGUGGAUUUUGCGGUCCCUUCUCUGUUGCGCUAUUACCUGGCGGAGUUCAUAAAGAGACCCCUGAACGGCGACUGCCAGACUUUUAGUGGAUGUUACACGGUGCGCGCAAACUUGAAAAUGCACUGCAUACCUUUACAGAAAACCAUAUCUACUUUCGUGGACCCAAAGUCUGCUACAGAUUCAUCAGCGAGGAACACGUCCGCUGAUGGACAGCUCCCCUUCUUCUACAAGCGGUCGCUGUCCAAAGUUCUGAAAUUGGGCUUGACGAAAGCCAGCAGGAAAUCAAACCAAGUAGUGGUGGAGAUAGGAGAGGAUAUAGUCAGGACGGGAUGUGGGGGGCUGUCUGUGUACGAGGAGGCCCCGGUGUUCACUCUGGAAAUGGACCUCACAACUAUUCUGGAGUGGUGGCUCGGCGCAGAGGGCGGCCGGCUCAGGGUCCGACUCAUACCCGAGAAAAAGGCGCAGGUGCCCGGGAUCGAGGAUCGGUACACCGCGGCCAUACGCGCUGCAGACCCCCGCCUCUUCCUCCAGAUAUCCUCCCGGGGUGAACCAUUGGCUGGUAAGACUGCUGCUGGCAUUCCUAGAGGGUACUGGAGCUUCUCCUGGGUGGCUGAGGAUGACUUGAGCUUUCCCAAAGACUCUAUGCCCAUGUCAGAUCACAGAUGCAAUAGCAGAGCAUGUGACCAGCACCAGGAGGGUAUGCCAGAGUUCACAUGGAGCAUAGUGGCUGCCGGGGAUCUACGGGAGGGGAGGAAUGAGAAAACUGAAAAGAAGACAGGAAGUCCCCAGGGUUGGGAGGAAGGUAAGAACGAAGGUCAGUUCUUCUGGGUGAACAAUUCAGCCUUUGGGGGACCUUGGGUGCUGAGUCCCUGGCUGUGGGGGGGACAAGGUCCCUGUAGCCUGGACAUGGCCAUGUUCCUCCAUCCCAAGCAAAGUGGGCAAUACACCAUAUGGCUCAUAGAGCGGGACAAACCGCCGCUAGCCCUCUUCUCCACUGACACCCUCCCCCGCAUCACAGGCUGGGCGGUGGUCCACCUUACCCUGGGCACCCAGGGAGGAUCACCUUUUCGGGUCUCAGCCAGCUACCAUCAGCGGAUCCCGCAGGAUGACACAGCCACCAUCGAGCCCCACUUUACCACAAACUGCACCAUGGCAUCCUCCCCUGGCUCUAACAUCACACUGGAGGGUCAGUACCACUGUCACCAGGGACCUGGGAUCCCUCUGGACAAACUGUGUGACUUCAAUAGAGACUGUCCGCUUGGCGAUGAUGAAGGCGACCUAUGUCGCCGCUUUCUCAAUGGCAGCUACUGCUCUUUUGAAGAUGGUGAAUGCAGCUGGCAGUCAAUAAUGGGCCGUGGUCUCUCCUGGAGAAGAGUCCAGUCUUCAGUCAAGGCUACCAGACAGAGCUGCCCAUCAUCAGGUGCUACAUUCAGUGUAGAGGGAGGCCAGUCCAAAGGCCAGCGUGGCUCCAGUUUACUGAGGAGUCCUCUCUUCCCCCCUCCUCUAAGAAACUCCCCAUGCACGGUGCGGUUCUGGCUAUGUUCUGGAGGCUUACAGAAGGGGUCGCUGUCUCUGUGGAUAGUGGAGAACAGUACAGGCCCUGAGGAGAAGCGCAGACUGUGGCACUCAGCCAGUGAACCCAAAUCUGAAAGAGGCUGGAAACUCAUCAUACUUCCCCUUUAUGGGCUGGCAGACUGGUUCUGGCUGCAAUUCAGCACAGAAGAUGGGCCUGGACCCGGUUCAGCCAUCUCUCUUGACAACAUCUCUUUCAGUAUGGACUGCUUCCUGGCCUCCAAUGGCGAAUUUCCACCAGUGGUCACCAGCACAACCAGGCUGCCAUUUAGACCGACUAACAAGACUACAGCCACGUCCAUUGGAAGCCCUGUGACAGACUUCCCCACCACAGAUUACUCCAAAAAAUGGAUUUUUCAUACCUGUGGGGCUGUGGGCCCUGAAGGCCCAACUCCCACUCAGUGCCUCAACUCCUACAGGAACAGCAAUGUCAAUGUGACAGUAGGCACCAGAGGGCCCUUCAAAGGCAUUCAAAUGUGGCGGGUCCCAGAAACUGGCACCUACAGAAUCACAGCCUAUGGUGCUGCUGGCGGUCGUAGUGUGUUGGCCAUGAGCAGGUCACAUGGUGUCUACAUCACGGGAGACUUUCUGCUGAGGAGAGGCGAACUGCUGUACAUCCUGGUGGGACAACAAGGAGAAGAUGCAUGCCCCAAUUCCAACGGCAUGCUGAAUAAGAUCUGCCUGGAACAGAGUAGCCCAAUGGUGAACAAAACUCAAGUGAAAGGGGGCGGAGGAGGAGGUGGCGGUGCUACAUAUGUAUUCAAGGUGGACAAAGAAGUGUACAUCCCCCUCAUCAUCGCUGCUGGGGGAGGAGGCCGGGGCUACAGCAGCCAAUCAGAAACCCAGCUGGAGCAGAUGGACUAUGACCUCAGCCAACCGGGACGCAAUGGGAAGUCACACACAGCAGGUGGAGGCGGAGGUUGGAAUGACAGUGCUCCUGUCAGUCAGGGCGGCAAACCACUGGUGCUGGGGGGCCAGGGAGGGCAAGCCUGUCAAAAGUACUGGCAGACCCGCGGCGGCUUCGGGGGCGGCGGCGGUGGCUGUAUGGCCGGGGGUGGUGGCGGAGGCUACAGAGGUGGUAACACCUCCUUAGAUAACAACCCCAAACACGAUGGUGACGAUGGCACGUCUUUCCUUGGUCCAGAGGGCGAACCCUUCCUCUAUCCUCUGAAAGCUAUGGAAGGGGAUGGUGAGGUGAUCAUCAGUCCAGUGCAGAACUGCAGCCACUGUGAAAGCGGUGAAUGCCACGAGACCAAGGACAGCGUCGUCUGCUACUGUGAUGAUGACCUCAUCCUGGCACAAGACGGAGUGUCCUGCAUCAAUGCUACAGAGGUGUCCCUGCCGCCUCCCCAGCUGCCUGCCCAGCCGCCUCUCUCCCACCUGGCGCUGGGUCUGUCUGUGGGCACCUCAGCCCUCAUCGCUGCCCUGCUGCUGGCUGUGUCCGGGGUCAUGAUAAUGUAUAGGCGUAAACACACAGAGUUGCAGUCUAUUCAGCUGGAGCUGCAGAGUCCAGACUGCAAGCUCAGUAAGCUGAGAGCCUCCACCAUUAUGACCGACUACAACCCCAACUACUGCUUCGCCGGCAAGACAGCAUCAGUCAAUGACCUGAAGGAAGUGCCGCGACGCAACAUCUCGCUCACUAGGGGUCUGGGACACGGUGCUUUUGGUGAAGUGUAUGAAGGGCUGGCAGUGGGAAUACCAGGCGAACCAAGUCCACUGCAAGUGGCAGUCAAGACCCUUCCUGAGGUUUGUUCUGAGCAAGAUGAACUGGACUUCCUCAUGGAGGCUCUAAUCAUCAGUAAGUUCAGCCACCAGAACAUUGUGCGUUGUAUAGGAGUAAGUCUGCAGGCCAUGCCCAGGUUUAUCCUGCUGGAGCUGAUGGCAGGAGGAGACCUCAAGACUUUCCUGAGGGAAACCAGACCCCGACUGGAGCACCCAUCGAGCCUGACCAUGGUGGACCUUCUCAACGUGGCCAGAGAUAUCGCUAAGGGCUGCCAGUAUCUGGAGGAGAACCAGUUUAUACACAGGGACAUUGCAGCUCGGAAUUGCUUGCUGACCUGCAAAGGACCAGGUCGUGUAGCCAAGAUUGGAGAUUUUGGGAUGGCUCGAGACAUUUACAGGGCUAGCUAUUACAGGAAGGGUGGGCGUGCCAUGCUGCCAGUGAAAUGGAUGCCACCUGAAGCCUUCAUGGAGGGCAUCUUCACAUCUAAAACAGACACGUGGUCAUUUGGGGUUCUGCUUUGGGAGAUCUUCUCAUUGGGCUACAUGCCAUAUCCAAGUCGCAGUAACCAGGAAGUGUUGGAGUUUGUAACCAACGGGGGAAGAAUGGACCCACCUAAAAACUGCCCCGGGCCUGUGUACCGUAUAAUGACUCAGAGUUGGCAGCACCAGCCUGAAGACAGACCCAACUUCUCAACUAUCCUGGAGAGAAUUGACUACUGCUUACAGGACCCUGAUGUGGUGACCAUGCCCCUGCCUAUAGAGUAUGGACCUGUCCCUGAGGAGGAGGAGCGUGUACCCAUGCGCCCUGAUGACCCCUCAGCUCCAACCGUGCUGGUAAAUGCCCAGGUGCCUGAUGGGGAGGCUCCACAGCCGCCACCCUCUUACCCCGCAGAAGAGAAACAGAGAGGUGGGGAACACGCAGUCGUGACUAGCACAGCAUCGGAGGCCAAAGCACAGACGUCGGUCCAGCCCCAGCCAUACCUCCACCAGCACCAGCAGCCUCACACGCAGACCUCCAUCACCAUGACAACCACUAACACGGUCACCUCCACAGCCACCUCUACACUCACUGCCAAGGGACCUCAUGUCACCACCCAGCCCAGCCCCGACGGGGGCCAUAUUAACCUGGCGUUCACCCAGGGCCACCUGCCAGAGAAGGAGGGCCCCAACGGGAAGAACACCAGUCUGUGGAACCCCACCUAUGGCUCGUGGUUCCUGCAGCAGCAGCAGAGGAAGCAGCAGCAGCAGCAGCAGAGGCAGGGAGGGGUGGGGGGAGCAGGAGGCAGCGGUGGCAGGGUGCCUGGCGAGGGACAGGAGCACGUGGGCCGGACAGUGGCCGAGGUGGCUGGGGCGCUGGGUCUCCAGCACCAGCACAAGCAGUUCCAGCAUCAGUUCCAGCAGCAACACCAACUCCAGCUGCUGCACCAUCAGCAGCAGCAGCAGCAGGGUCUCUGUAGACCUCUGUUACCCCCACCGCCACCUCCCGCUGCCCAGUCACCCCUGCUUUUAGAUUCAGCUGCCUUGCCCCCAGUUCCCCUCUACAGACUGAGAAGAUUCCCCUGUGGGAACAUUGGCUACGGCUACCAGGAGCAGGGCCUGCCACUGGAGACCGCCCACAGCAACCCCAACCCCCCUCCUCCACCCCCUGCCUCCCAACAGGGCACCUCCUCAGCAGCUCACCAGAGGGGGGCCUCUAUUCCCACCUCGGUGUCCCUGGGUAGGUCAGGUAUGCCCGAGGACAGCCGCCCGUUGCUCGUCACCAUGGGGACAGUGCAGGAUCCCAGACUGCCUAGGAUGGAGGGCCACAACGCCACCGUGCUUUAGCCCAAAUGCCUGUACUGCUGGUCCUUUUUUUUCAGGCCCUGUCUUUGGAGACUGUGUGUCCAGGACCCACCACAGGAAACAGUGUCAGGAGAGAUCAUUUUACACCCCCCACCAUUUCUAUCGUCCCACCAUUUCCUCCAGUUCAGAAAGAACCCAUCUCGCUGAAACAGAGCCAUUAGGCUUUUCCCAAGAAAACCCUGGAGGUGUGUUCAAAUCCCCAAUGGAUGCUAAAGCACAUCAGACAACUAAAAACCUUUGGGAAGCAAAAUGUAGAGUGAAGGCCAGUUUUAAGAGUUUCAAAAAAUGUAUUUUUUCAACACUGGAAGGAUCCUGACUGAGUGAGAAUAGUGAGAAUCAAAUGGAGAGUUUAUGACAAAGGAAGACGAGGGGAGAGCUUUCCCUCUGGCUCUGACCAGGAGCAGCAUGACAGCUGAAGAUGUCUCUUAUCUGUGAGAAUGGACUGUUGAGAGGAUUCAAAUCUCUAUAUUUUGCCAGACUUAAAACUCUGAGUCACACACUUUGGUGACCAGUUUGACUGUAGCAGCUGUGAAGUUGUCUACAGCUGCCAAACAUGUGUCAGUUCUACAGCAGAACCCUCACACUGUUCCUUCUCCACAUCCUUUUGGAAAACAGCAGCGUGGUAAAUAACUUGUAUCAGACUAUUUUUCAAGAGUAUCACUGAAUUGGACACUGGACUACCAGAGACAUUUAUACAAAAAAAAUACUGGGAAAAAUGUUUGUUGUUUGUUGAUGUUUGCUUGCCUGCUUGUUUAUUUAUUCAUUUGUUUAUUUAUUAUUUGGAAGUGGCUCUAUAAAUUAUUAAGAAACACGCCUCUUCAAAUCCAAACAAAUUCAUUUUACAUCAACUGGUUUUCACUUCAGAUUUUCUAAGCUGCAGGAAUUUCUUUUUAGUUCUACCUAACAAAUGAAAACUCUAAAUAUCAAAAUCAGUUGUGUCCUUUAAGAUGGACUGGAUAGAAAAAUAGAGCAGUGAAGCAGGUUUGGGAGAUUAGUUGACAAAAGCAUAUAAUGAGUCAAACACAAACCACCCUCAGUAACAUUUGAGUUCAGCUUUGUGUUAUUGCUGAGGACGUGUCAUCAAAUAAAUAAAUAAUAUAAAUCUCUGCCCCUGGUACUAUUGAAAUCACCUUUUCUUCACAGCUCCGAUCUGUUGACAGAGUGCUUUGAGACAGUGAAGUUGAUGCUUUUCUUUACUUAUGGCUUUUUCUGUAACGUUAUAUUAAUUCAUUUCUUGUUCUAAAAUGUUUCUUUCCCCUUUUUGUCUGGCUAUAGAAACAUGGUGGAUAUUGCUGAAUCAAUCUUAACCUUCAAAUUGCUAUCUCCGAGCACUCUACGUUCUUAAAUUUGCAUAUUUUAUCUUUUCUAUUAUGGGAUGAGUGUUGUGGAAUACAAAUGAGUCUGAGUGAAAAGUUUGAAUACAAACUGCUUUCGCUCCACAUGUGAAUGAAACCCUGGGAGUCUCAUUCAUUUUCUCACACACAUGGUAUUAACACUCGUCUGUAUUUAAAGUCUGCUUCUUUCAGUUUAAGGACAGUUACAAACUAUCUAUCAGAUAGUGCCCUGAGUGUGGUGGGGUUGAUAUUUAAUGAUGAAUGACGACAACGUCGUCACUUUCUUUAUACUUUUGCUUGACUGUAUUUGGCAAUCGUGUCAGUCCGUCCGCUGUAAAGCAGUGAUGAGCUGUCAUGUAUGUGUCAUGGCGCUCAAUGACUGAUGAAGACAAAUGCAUUCCUGUAGGCCAAGUCAAUGAGCAAGUUAAAUAUUGGCUAAUGAAAAGUAUUUUGCUUUGUCUCUAAUUGUGUGUUCCCUUCACAACUCAUCUCCAUCGUUUGAUGUAAAAAGACAAACUGAACUGCACCUGUAAAUGUUGUAAUUAUAAAGUAUUGUACUAUGGCUCUGGUAAAAGCUGUAAAUUGCCCUUCAGAAGACAUUCGCCAAAAUUAAUAAAUUACUAUAUAAUAA